UGGGACUUUUAUUUGGCAACGACGACGUCCAUUGACCCAGCAUGGAGAGGAGAGUAUAGGAUUGGAUCGAUCAUUGAGGAGCAGCCGCCCCCCGGGCUAUUCAAACAUGUCGUCCCGAUCACUUUCUUCCGUCCUACGAAGCAGACCCUCCAUCUUCAAGCCCCGACAACCCCAACCCCAGCCCUUGCAGCGACUCUCGUGCCCCAGUCUGGGCCAAACCAGGUCCUACGCGCCCAACCACGACGACCCCUCCUCCACCACCACCCCGUCACAAAACGACCUCCUCAACACCAAACUGCUUACCCUCCUCAACGCCAUACCCCCCUCCCAAAAAAUCCGCUACAUCAAAGACAACUCCACCUCCCCCUCUACCCACCCCACCCCCCCCCCGGCCCUCCUCGCCGCCCUCCUCAACUUCCCCUCCCCCCUCCCCUACACAAUCGGCACAGACAUAUGCCACAUCCCGCGCAUCCGCCUCCUCCUCGAGCGCCAACUCGCCGAAUCGGGGUACGUCGAGCCGGACAUGCCGCGGUUUUGGACCCGCGUCCUCACGCCGCUGGAGGCGAGGUAUAGUGGGUGGAAGGCGGGGGGGGGGGUGGAAGGGAGCGCGAGGUUUCUUGCUGGGAGGUGGGCGGCGAAGGAGGCGGUUGUUAAGGCGGUUGGGGCGGCGUAUCCGGGAGGGGCAGGAAAGGUGUUUAUGCAUGAUAUUGUUAUUUUGAAUGCGAAGACUCAGUCGGCUCUCUUGGAGGCGAGGAAGGCGGCGGUGCGGAUAGAGGCUAGGGACGCGAGGACGCAGGAAGAGCAGAUGUCCGGGGGGGGGGGGAGGGAGGGGGGGUGGGUGGAGGUUAGUGUGAGUAUUUCCCAUGAUGGGGAGUAUGCAACUGCGACGGCGCUGGUGUCGGUGGAUCCGAAGAUUGCGGGGGUUAAGAGGGAGAAGAGUUUGGUGAGGGGGGUGGUGGCUAAGACGUAUACUGAUGCGCGGUAUUUGUGA